AUGACAUCGUCCUCAGUUCAGGCUUGGGGCAACAGCCAUCAAAACAGCGAAGAAAUAGUGUAUGGUAAUCGCUUUGAUAACGACUGGCUAAACAGUGGCUCUACUCUAUCCUUCCAAGUUGAAGGCUGUGCUUGGGGAUACACCUAUGACAGUGAAGAGGCGGGCUGUUUGGAAGAUGAGUCUGAGGAAGGAACAACGAAUUGGUACAUGAUGGCCAAUUGUCGAAGACCUCAGGUGGCAUUUUCUGUCUUUAAGGGCAACAGUUGCAGCUCUGGAAAUUUCGUAGGAUCGUAUGUCACCAAGUUUGGAGUUUCAGAAUUCGUUUACUACUUGCAACAAUUUGAUGCGAACUACGCCAACGACGAUAAUGGUGACGGCGACCUUCCGAACUGUGAAGGUGGCGACAAUGGUUACCUUGGACUGGACUGUGAUGGGAACGGUGGAUUCGCCAUAAAGUAUUUCAAUGAUCAAUACUGUGUCUCACGCACAGGCAACACUUACGACGAGUUGAAUGGGCUCAACAACGUCAUCAGCAACUACAAGAGUUGUCACCAAGUUUAUGACAACGGGGAUGGUGACGGGGGUGUGAUGCAAAAGUUGGUGUACUACUCGGAGCCAUGCAUGUCCAAUGACUAUCCCUACUGUUCCGACAGCUAUGAGUAUUCACAGCGAUCCUCCAGAAGUGGAUUUGCAAGCGUCAAGACGAACAAGUGGUCGAGCAGAGCCGCAUUUGGUGCUCACAAGUCUUGGGUGACAAAACUCAAAUAUGUUAUUGGCGGAUUAUUCCUUCUUGCAUCCUUCAUCAUGUUCACUGGUAUCCUUUUCACCAACAGGCGCAGACGCCGUGCCAUGAUGAUGCGAAAGUACCGUCAAGCAAAGAGAGAAAAGAGAGCAAAGAAAUCUGGAAAGUCUCGCUCUAGCUCUCGUCGACGAUCGAAAAGUAGAAACAAAGACAGAGACGAUGGAGGUGUUCUUACCUAA